AUGGGUUCUUUGGGCGACUGUCCAGAAACGAUAGACACUGCCUCCAUCCCCGUCAUCGACUUCUCUAAGUGGUACAACUCCAGUUUAGCUUCUCGCAAAGAGGUCGCAGCGGAACUGAUCUCGGCCGGUAAGGAGUAUGGCUUCGUUUACAUUGUCAAUCAUGGUGUGAGGCAGAGCAGUCUAGAUCAAGCUUUUGCAAUCACAAAGGCGCUCUUUGACCUGCCUAUGGAGGACAAAAUGAAGGCCCCUCAUCCAGAUGGUCCCGAUGUGCAUCGUGGCUACUCUCAUCCAGGCCUAGAGCUCGUGACCGACUAUCUGGGCUCAGAACAAGACGUUGGCGCUCGGGAGCGUCGCGAGCGUGCGAUCGAUGCCAAAGAAUCCUUCGAAGUCGGCGCUGAAAACAACGAACUUCAACCACCCGUUUGGCUCCCAGAGUCCACGCUCCCUGGCUUCCGCAAAAUCACCACCGACUUCUAUUGGGAGUGCCACAACAUCUCCCUCGAGAUUCUGAAAUGCGUCGCGCUGGGUUUGGGCCUGGAAGAAGACUCCUUGAUUCGCUUCCAUUCGGGCAGAUACAACCAGUUACGUCUGCUCCACUACCCGCCUGUUCCAGCGGAGGAGCUUGAGAGCGGACGUACGGCAAGAAAUCCUGCACAUACGGAUUGGGGUAGCAUCACCAUGUUGUUUCAGGAUGAGUGUGGGGGGCUGGAAGUCGAGCAUCCGAGGAAGCUGGGCACUUUCAUCCCCGUGAACCCGGUGGAAGGGGCUUGCGUGAUGAAUAUUGGAGAUAUGCUGAUGAGGUGGAGUAACGAUCUUCUCAAAUCCAGCCGCCACAGAGUCCGACAGCCGCCGAGAGACGAUCGAUACACAGGACCAGAACGCAUGACGCGAGCGCGAUACUCCAUUCCAUACUUCAUUGUUACGGAUCCAGAUACACUGAUUGAGUGCCUGCCUACUUGUGUCGAUGAAGAGCAUCCGGCUAAAUAUGAGCCUGUGCGUCAAGAAGAUUGGGCGAGGCUGAGGAGGGGCAUUCAGUAUCCUACCGCAAAGGCGAAGAAGGAGUUCGAUACGGUGACUGGCAUUCCUCAAGCUAUGGUUGCUGAGGUCCAUUAACGGAUCGAAGAUGGGAGAUUGUACCGCCUUGGAUUGUAGAUGACCCUGACUGACAGCUGCAGUUUAGCCUGAGAAGAAUUUGGUAUUGCACUUGUCCAUUCUC